AUGGUGAAGGGGAAACUGAUACUAAUUAGCCAGUGUGGCGGCGAAUUUGUGAAGAAUGAUGAUGGAACAUUGUCUUAUGAUGGAGGAGAGGCUAAUGCAAUAAAUAUCAACAAUGAGACAUUGUUUGAUGAUCUGAAACUGAAGAUUGCCGAGAUGUACAACUUGGAUUUGGCAACAAUUACCGUGAAGUACUUCCUGCCAGGAAACCGGAGAAAUCUAAUCAUGUUAAAAAAUGAUAAGGACCUAAAGAGGCUGCUUGAUUUUCAUGGAAAUUCAGUGACGGCCGAUGUCUUCAUAUCUGGCAAACAAGGGUUUGUUCGGCCCGCUGCACAUAUUGGUUCCACCGGGGGACUUGGGGUAAAGGUGGCUGAGUCUGUGGACAAUUUACGCCCUUCCCCUCCGACAGCUGUUGAUGGUGGCACCCCUGUGAUGGUUUCGGACACUUUGGUUGAUGUCAAUGUUAUUAUGGAGAGCCCUGGCCAAACCACGAGCACCUCAACUCCUUCCUCCGCUGAUGAUGGUGAAGCUGAUGGUGAUUCUGAUUAUGCUCCGCAGCGCCAUGUAUCUGUUGCUGAUGACACUGGCCACAUACAUGUCAACUUCAAUGUGGGUAGCACUCCGGCAGAUACCGUUAAGAAGAGAAGGCGCAAUGCUGCUUCGAAAGUCGGUGGCAAGGUCACAGUCAUCACCUCAGAUGCUGAUGAUGAUAUUCAGGAGGCAAAUAGAUCUCGAAAGAAGAAUGGUAGAGGGAGGAAAGUUGUUUUAGUAGAUGAUGAAGAGACGGGAUUGAAAGGAGUUCCCAUAUCAGAGGAUUUUGAUAGUUCGUAUACUCUUGUUAUUCCUGAUCAAGAUUUACCAGAAAAUCUUGUUGCAUCAUGGAGAGAUGGUAUUACGGGUGUUGGUCAGGAUUUUGAAAGUGUGAAAGAGUUUCGUGAUGUCCUGCAGAAAUAUGCUAUUGCUCAUCGAUUUGUCUACAGAUUGAAAAAGAAUGAUACAAAUCGUGCCAGCGGUGUUUGUGUUGGUGAAGGCUGUCCUUGGAGGAUCCAUGCAUCUUGGGUUCCUGCAUCUCAAUCGUUUAGGAUCAAGAAAUUUGAUAAUCAGCACACUUGCGGUGGGGAAGCUUGGAAAUCCGCUCAUCCUGGAAGGAACUGGUUGGUUAGCAUCAUAAAAGAAAGGUUACGAGAGUCCCCACAUCACAAGCCUAAGGAUAUUGCCAAUGGCAUUUUACGGGACUUUGGGAUUGAAUUAAAUUACACGCAGGUGUGGCGAGGAUUAGAGCAUGCUAGGGAGCAGCUUCAAGGUUCGUACAAAGAUUCAUAUAAUCAGUUGCCUUCUUUUUGUGAGAAAGUUAUGGAGACAAAUCCUGGUAGCUUUGCGAAACUUAUUACGAAAGAUGACAAAAGGUUUCAAUGCCUUUUUGUUUCAUUUCACGGCUUGAUACAUGGAUUCCUUAAUGGCUGCCGCCCAAUUUGUUUUCUUGGAUCAACAUUAUUACGAUCCAAAUACCAGGAAAUUCUGCUGACUGCAACUGCUAUUGAUGCUGAUGAUGGGUUCUUCCCAGUUGCAUUUGCAAUAGUUGAUGUCGAAAACAAUGAUAAUUGGAGAUGGUUUCUGGAACAACUGAAAUCUGCAUUGUCAACUUCACAGCCAAUCACUUUCGUCUCGGAUAAGGAUAAAAAUUUGAAGAGCUGUGUUCUGGAAGUGUUUGAUAACGCUUAUCAUGGCUAUUCAAUGUUCCACCUGGUGGAAAGCUUUCGUAGGAGCUUGAGGGGCCCAUUUAAUUGUGCCGAUGGAAGAGGGGUUUUACCCGGUAUUCUUCUUGAUGCUGCACGUGCAGUUCGCCUUGGCGGUUACCAGAAAAUAAUGGAGCAAAUUAAGCAUAUAUCUUCACAAGCGUAUGAUUGGAUAAUCCAGGUUGAGCCUGAGGGUUGGACGAGUUUGUUAUUUCAAGGUGAACCCUAUAACCAUAUUGUGGAGAAUGUUUCUGAAACAUAUGCCAAGUUAAUGGAGGAGGUGCAGGAAGCUGCAAUAAUGCAGAAGAUCGAGGCUCUCGUGCAUAUGAUAACUGAUUUGGUUGAAAAUCGUCAAACCCGAUCUAACACAUGGUCGACCAAAUUGACGCCAUCAAUAGAGAAAAAGCUACAGGAAGCUAUGCUUAAAGCACGUCGUCUGAAAGUGUUGUUCUCGUCUGACGUCCUUGCUGAGGUUCAUGAUGAUUGUGUUCAUGUUGUAAACAUUGAAAACAAGGAAUGCACUUGCCUUGAAUGGAAAGAAAAUGGGCUACCUUGUCGUCAUGCCCUUGCAGUCUUGAACAGUAAGGGUAAACAUAUAUACGACUAUUGCCCAAAGCAUUAUACAGUAGAGCGCUACCGUUCAACAUAUUCUGUGUCUGUUAACCCCAUACCUGCCAUCAGCCAGCCAGAAGAAAAAGAAGAGACUGCUGGUGAUGAUGAAGACUCUGCAGAGGUGCUUCCCCCUGAUCCUCCUAAAUUAACCACCCAAGAAAAGAGGGAAAUUGCCAGAAUGGAAGCUUUGGCAUUGAAUAGGCGGACGGUCACUUGCACUAGGUGCAAAGAACCGGGACAUAAUAAAGCUUCCUGCAAAGCAACAUUGUGA